UCCAACAAAGAGAGGGCAGCACUCGCUCCCUGAGCUAUCUUCAUUGGACUGCGGGUUGUUAGUGUGUUUCUCCUGAUCAAUGUUUACUUCGUGUGUUUAGCACCCCAGUGGAGAGUUGGGUGGAGCAGUCUUUCGCUGUAUGAAUUCUCUGACAUAUCUGAGUUUGGUGGUGUCUCCAAGGAAUGUCAUUGUGCAGCACAAUGUCUUUUGAAAAUGAUGACACUGAAGAGACCGUAACUUGUCUCAAUAUCAACGUUUACCACCCCCAGGCAAAAGUAUUUAAGUCCCUGGACUACGCUGAGAAACAGAAGUACCGAGCUGAAGAAAUGAUAAAGUUUGGCCGCGAUUCAAAAAUAUGUAAUUUUCCUCUAAUAGACAAGCGUGCCUCUCGACUGCAGUUUGCCAUCCAAGCUUUCCGACACAGCGAAAGCUCAGAACUCUGUUUUGAAAUCAAAAAUACAAGCUUGAAGACUAAACUUUAUGUCAAUAAUGAAAUUCUGGAUCACCUCAAUAAAAUCGAAUUACCAAAGAAGUGUAUUUUGCGGUUUGGUGAAUACCAAUUCUGUCUGGAAAAAUACGACGGAGAAGCCAGGGAAUACUUUGAAACCUUCAUCAAACUUUCCCUCGUUCCAUUUUGUCAAGAGGCCAAUGUGGAGACCCUACCAAACCCUGGACCUGAAAUUGGCAUUUGGAAGAUUGUAAAUGCUCCAGCUCCUCAAUGCCAAUUUCAGACUGCAGUGGAGACUGAUGAAAAUGAAAUUAAAUAAAAUAGUGCCAUAAGAUUACUUGCUAAUCAGCACAAGUAGAGAAUUGUGCCAUCCUUUAUGCGCUAUUCAGGUUCUGUGAUUUAUGGGCAUAGCGAUUUAAUACAACCAAUAAAUUGAUUGUAGGAGUGAUGAUGAGACCUAAUGAAUUGAUUCAACUAUUGUCCAUUCUGAACUAGGUUGGUUACUUCCGUCAUCUGUAUCUGUUUCUGUGACAAAUCACUGUUGACAUUAUUUAUUCAGCACUGAAGCUCAUGUUUUCUGCUGGUGGAACUAUUGUAUUUUCCUUUUUAUCCAAUAUUCUGGAAUUGGGGUCAGGGCAAAGCAACAGCUCAAAAAUGUUUCUGUGUGAAUAAAUUGUUAGAGGUGGGUAAUUAGCCCAAAUUCUUGCUUGUUCCAUACCUAUCAUUUGAAUUUGCAGGUCAGUGAUUGAAGUUGCAAGGCCUCUGGAGUAGCGUAGAUUGGCCAGCUGCCACUUCUGGAUUUACUUGCUGCAGCAUGUGGAUACCACAUAGUUGCUCGACCUCGAUGAUUUGCAAUCAGGUAAUCGUUGAAAGCACCAUUGUUAUUGGCACCAUAAAAUCCAGGCCAUUAUCAAUGUAAGUGUACGACAUCAAAUAUUUAAGAAUGAUUUUAAGUUGAAACAUUCAGAAUUGUAAUGCUACAGGUAAAUUCACAAGUGCUAAGAUUGAUAUUUGUUAGUCAUAUUACUCUAUUAUUUUCUGAUUAUUGUAUUUUACUACCCUUUUAUAUUACAUGCAUGUUUUCAAAACUAGAAUUUUACAGCUCAUUAUGUCUAUGCAGCUUUUUGCUACAGGAGUCCAAAAAUAAUCCUGCAUCCUCCCCAGCUGUGUAUCUUCCUCUGUUUCUGAAGAAUAGGCAAAACCACCUAGCAGCAUCCACUGUAUGUUUCUUGUUUUACUGUAUACAUUUAACUUAUGAAAAUAACCCUCAAAAUGUAAAAUGUUAACUUUUUUUAAUCUUCUGGUCCAUGAAUAUCCUCUGGUGAAAUAGCUUUGCUUGUAAUUUUUAUAUCAGUUCAUUUGCAAAAACCAUCUCAAUUUGCAUUUUUAAGAAGUGUUUCUCAACAAAUGGGUGGAACUCCUGUGGAUUUGUGGUGUGGAGUGACAGCAUGCAAGUUAACAUUUUUCAUAGUUGAUACCACUCUUGAAUUAUGUGGAUGACACACAGUAUGGAAAACCCAUAAAUGUGCCAUGAGUAAUAAUAUUUUUUAAGAAAGAUCCAUUUCCCUCCCCAUCUUAAAGAUCAUUCCACUGCUAGUCACUAUUAUAAUAUUUUCUCUUCCAGUUGGUGUGGGCUGUAAGUUCUCCACAGUUGCUUACGAACUUCAAAAGAUUCACUCGCACAAUUCCACAAAAGAAGGUAUCCAAUUAGAUUCUGCUUCGUGUCACAGAUUCUGCUUGUGUGUACGUAUUCUGUGAGUUUGCAAAUGUCUGUAAAACUGUAAUUGAAAUAAAGCAUUUGCCACAUCCUGGUCAUUAAA